AUGGUCACUAUGAAUCUCAACCUACCUAUACGGACUGCUAGUCGAAGAAACGAUGAAAGUCGAAAUCACUAUAUUUCUGGCAACUAUACUCCCACCUCUUCAACCGAGGCAAUUGCUGGACCAAUACGAGAACCAGCACCCGUCAAUGAAAGAUUAAUUGUUGGACUGGAUUUCGGGACAACAUAUUCUGGUGUUGCUGUUGUAUACACAUCGAAUCCUGAUGAUGUAGAUAUCAUCAAAACUUGGCCCGGAAGUAAUGGGAUUACAUCUGAUAAAGUGCCAACAGAAAUUGGAUACUCCAAACCUCCAGGAUCGCCAGUAGGAACUGAACCGACGAUAAAAUGGGGCUGUCAGUUUCGUCCCGAGGAACCUCGACUGCGAUGUAUCAAACUUUUUCUCGACCGAUCUCAAAAAUUACCUUUCUAUGUUAGUCCAGCUGAAACUGCUAACCAGCUUAAAGAGCAUAGUAAAAAUGUUGUCGAUGCUGUCAGUGAUUAUUUGACUCAAAUCUAUAAGCAUACCAUGGAAACCUUGACUCGCCGAUAUGGAGAAUUAUUCAUGUCAACCACGAAAGUCGAAUUUGUUCUUACUUGUCCAGCAGUCUGGUCUGAUGCGGCGAAGAAUACCACGCUUCAAGCUGCAGAGAGAGCGGGAAUGGGCGAUAAGUCAGCAAUUCAGAUGAUCAGUGAGCCUGAAGCCGCUGCUGUCUAUACUCUGAAAGCCAUCCAACCAAAUCAUCUACAAGCUGGUGAUAACUUUGUAGUAUGUGAUGCCGGAGGUGGCACUGUUGAUCUCAUCGCCUACAAAAUUAUAUCUCUCAAGCCAUUGCAAGUAGAAGAGUCCGCAGUGGGUACCGGGGGGCUUUGCGGAAGUGCGUUUCUCAAUUAUCGAUUUGAGGAACAUUGCAAGAGUCGUAUAGGAGUUGCACGAUUUGAAGAGAUGAAAAUGAAGAAAGCGAAGUCAUGGCAAAUGGGACUAAAAUACUGGGAAGAAUAUGUGAAGCGAGAUUUCGACGAGGAAAACGAUACAGAGUUCAAUAUUCCUCUUCCUGGCUUAGCAGAUGAUAUAGAUGCUGGUCUGGAUGGGGGAUUUUUUAUUAUGACAACUGCUCAAGUCAAAGAUAUUUUCGAGCCAGUCGUCAAAGAGGUGUGUGAUCUGGUUCAAGGUCAAGUUGAUGGUAUUAGACAAAAAGGAGGCAUCGUCUCGGGUAUUGUGCUUGUGGGAGGAUUUGGACAAAGCAACCAUUUAUACAAAAGAUUAAAAUCGCAUUUUAACAGCGCAGCGCCACCACCUUACAGUGAACGACCAACUCACGCACAAUCUAUGGCAUUAGCACAAAGCAAUUCUGUAGAGGUCAUGCAGCCUAUCAAUGCAUGGACUGCUGUGGUCCGAGGAGCGGUUCUUAAAGGAUUGGAAGGAAGCGUGGUGGUGUCCAGAAAGGCGCGGAUGCAUUAUGGAACUUCGUAUGCAACGGUAUAUGAUGAGGAUAAACAUAACGUUAGCGAGAGAUAUUGGAGUCCAUUAUGGGAACGUUGGAUGGUCAGCGAUAGGAUGCAAUGGCAUCUAAACAAGGGUGAUACUCUCAACACAGACACUCCCAUCUCUUUUCACUAUACGCGCAAUUUCCGCCCAGGGCAAUCAUUGAUUGUGUCCGAUGAUCUUAUUGCUUGCGAUUCGGAUGGCGAACCUCCAGCGUCCUUCACGAGAGAUCUAAUAAGCGUAUGCACACUCACCACGGAUCUGGGAGCCGUACCGAAGAGUCUGUAUACGAGAUUGACGACCACGAGAGGAGUGGAAUUUCUUAAUUUAGAUUUCACUCUAGAGAUGGUGGUUGAAAGCGCCGGGUUGGCGUUUGAGUUGAAAGUGGAUGGAUACAGAUAUGGAAGAGUGGAAGUCGAAUUUCAUUGA